AUGGCACCCUCCGCGACCGAACCUGUAGCUCCAUCCUUUGACAGACAGAGCCCAAUACCACCUCCUCAGCUUUACCCAGUACGCGAAGCGCAUUUCGAACAGUAUCCAGAGCCCCAGAGGCCUGAUGGUUAUCGAACAGCGGUUCGGCGCAAUGAUGCUGCAAUUGUGAUAGAUAAUGGUUCGUCAGCGUGUAGAGCUGGGUGGUCUUUUGAAAACAAACCUCGUCUGAACGUAACUCCUAUAUUCUCCAAAUAUCGCGACCGAAAACUUGGCAAGACAUACUCUUUCGUUGGACAAGAUGUCUUGUCAGAUACCACCGCGCGGGGACAUAUGCGGAAUGCGUUUGAAGCUGGGACGGGAAUCGUCAGUAAUUGGGAUGUUAUGGAAUCGCUGCUGGACUAUACGUUCAUCAAAAUGGGUGUCGAUAGCUCAGAGGGAGUUAAUGUGCCAAUUGUCAUGACGGAGGCGGUCGCGAAUUUGGCAUACUCAAGGAAAUCCAUGACGGAAAUUAUGUUUGAGUGCUAUAACGUUCCGUCUCUUUCCUACGGUAUUGACUCGCUCUUCUCUUACGACUACAACAAUGGCAAAACUGGACUUGUGGUGUCUUCCUCACACAGCUCAACACAUGUCAUUCCAGUCCUUAAUUCCAAAGCAAUUCUCACACAGGCAACAAGGCUGAAUUGGGGAGGUUCACAGAGUGCAGAUUAUCUAUUGAAGCUAAUAAGGCUUAAAUACCCAACCUUUCCAGGUAAAUUGAAUGCUUCUCAAGCUGAACAUAUGGUCCGCGAUCACUGCUAUCUGUCUCAAAACUACGACCAAGAAAUUGCGGGGUAUCUAGAUUGGGAGGGUCUUGAGGACCGGGACCGAGUCAUUCAAUAUCCUUUCGUGGAAGAGGUCAUCAUUCAAAAAAGCGAGGAAGAACUUGCAAAAAUAGCAGAAAGAAAACAAGAGAGUGGGCGUCGGUUGCAAGCUCAAGCGCAAAAGAUGAGGCUUGAGAAGUUGGUGCAAAAAGAGCAAGAGCUCGAAUAUUACCGGGAUCUCCAAUCUCGGUUGGUUGACCAAACCAAGAAAGAAAUCAAGAGACUUUUGGAUGAUGAGGAAAUGAAGGACGAAGCGGCCCUGGAGAGGACAAUUAAGGAGUUAGACAAGUCUAUCCGAAAGCAACGGAUCAAAGAUGUUGGAGGUCCUGAAAUUGAGGAAGAAGUCGAGGAACCAGAUUACUCGCUCCUCGAUACGCCAGACGACCAGCUCGACGAAGCAGGUAUAAAAGCAAAACGCCAUCAACGCUUGAUGAAGUCAAACAAUGAAGCUCGAGCUCGUGCCAAAGCUGAAAAGGAGCGCGAAAAAGCCCGGAUUGCAGAAGAGCAACGUGCCGAUGAAGAACGUCGCGAGAACAACCUCGAGGGAUGGCUUCAAGACCGUCGAAGCGCACGUGCAGAGAUCAUUCAAAAGAUGAAAGAUAGAGACCGUCUCAAGGCAGAUUUGGGUAAUCGGAAGUCUUUGGCCAGUCAGAUACGGAUGAAAUCUAUUGCAAAUCUUGCCUCAGAUGCACCGACUAAGAAACGCCGCCGGGGAAAUGAUGAUGAUAACUUUGGUGCCAAUGACGACGAUUGGGGUGUCUACCGGCAGAUUGCAACCGGUGAUGGUUCUGACGACGAGGAAGAAGAAGACUUUGGCGCUGGGCUCAAAACCCUCGAAGCAGAUCUUCUAAAAUACGACCCAGAAUUCACCGAUCAACAUACUCUCGAUGCGCAGACUGACUGGACUAAAUCACUAGUCCAUGCUUUCCUCCGCGGCCCUAGACCAUUCGAUCCAAAGAGUCAAGGCGAAGCUCAUCAACUCCACCUAAAUGUCGAACGAAUCCGCGUUCCAGAAGUUAUCUUUCAACCCGCGAUCGCAGGACUAGACCAAGCAGGACUCAUCGAGAUAGCCGCCGACAUCCUCACCACUCGCCUAAACAACAAUCCUAACCAAGGUGACUUUCUCAAAGACAUCUUCCUGACCGGCGGGCAUUCUCAAUUCCAGAACUUCGACGAACGGCUGCGGGAAGGUCUCCGAGGGUACUUACCGGCUGGAGCACCAGUAGCAGUGAGACGAGCAAAGGACCCUAUAUUAGAUUCCUGGAAAGGGGCGGCGCGAUGGGCUGGUAGCGAGAAGUGGAAGAGCAGUCAAAUCACCCGCGCGGACUAUCUCGAGAAAGGUGCUGAGUGGUUUAAGGAACACGAUUUGGGAAAUGCUUACUCAUAA